AUGCCAGCGUAACGAGGUAAAAAUAUACCUUCUUUUAUAUAGGAAGCAGGGGUAGAUAGGGGGUAGCUAGAACCUCUUUGCCAAUGGAGGUUAUAAAGAAGAGUAGCAAGGUACAAAUUGGACGAUGA